CUUAGGCCAAUAAAGGCAUGAGGAGCUUCACAAGUUAUAUAAAUGAAGGAGGGUUGCGAUAAUAGUUUCUGACAGUGUUCUACUCAAUAUUCAUCAGUGCGUCUUCUUGGUUCUCCAAAAUGAAUAUAAAUACUGAGAACGCGUCUCUCGCGUCGAUUAAUGAAGUGUGGGACUUCAUAUGGAUAACAUUUAAAAAUGCAUCACUUACCUAUGACCUUGCAUUCUCUCAAAAUGUUACCAAGACUGGACAGUCUGAGGAAGGUGGUAUUUUUGAUAACCCAGCAAAAUUGGGAAUUUUUACGGGAUUGCUGAUUGCGUGGCUGGCUGAUUUUCGAAUCGGCCCUAUUAAGGACAGCAGAAUGUUGGAUAUGAAAUUGAAAAUAGCAGCCACCUGGGCCUUCAAUAUAAUCAUCUUCACCCUCUUCGCUCCCUUCAUCACACUAUUUCUGACCGCAUGCUUCCUCUAUCGUCGACUCAUUACUCUGAUCCUGGAACGAUCAGAGGGUGAUGACUUUGGUGGUCUUUUAGAAGGAACCGACUGUGUUUGGGCUGUUGAAGAUGAGCAUGCUUAUUCUGUUAUCAAUGUCUUGGCGAUUCUCGAGAUAAAACCCAAAAUGUCUCCAGAUCCAUCAGGAAUAAUAAACGACUUGAAGAGACUCGUGCAAGAUCGUCUAAUAUCUCAGAAUUACGACAAGUUGUGCUGGUUGAGGGAUCAGAAGUACGGAUACUUCUACUGGAAAAAGGCGGACGGUAUCAUUAACUUGGAGAAGAGAAUCAGAUGGCUUGGAGAGGCUGAAGAUGAUUGUGAGGGGAGCUGUGGAAACAUCUACAAUGGACACCUGAGACAAAUAAUAAGCAAUAUCUGUAAUCAACAACUUCCUGGGGACCACAAGGCAAACUGGGAGAUUCUUGUCGGCAGGCACUGCCCGAAAUGCCUUUCUGAUCCUCAGAGCCCUCGACAAGUUCCCUUGGUCUUUAGAAUUCAUCACGCUGUUGGAGAUGGAGUUGCACUGCUGAGGGUUUUACUGGAGGCUAUUGCUGAUUCUGAAUUUAACUCGAAGUCUCAAGUUGACAUUAUCAUUGAUCCAGGUUCUCCAGUCACUAAUGGGGGACAUAUUACUUCUCCUGAUAGCUUUGCUAAUUCAACUGAUGAUAUUAGUUCGAAGUCAUUGAACAGGGUCAUACUGUAUACUGAUGAUUUGUUGGAGGCUUCCAUGCCGUUUACUGUCACACCAGUUCCUCAGGUUACUGAGAAAUUUAAGAGAAUUUUCGUAAAAACACGAGAUAUUGUCCCUAGAGUUUAUGAAAAAGUGUUAGAGAGUAUCAAAUAUUUUGGAAGUGGCAUGAUUGGGUUGAUGUCGAUACCAUCUUGUCUUGUUGGGCAAGCGCUUCAUUGCUUGGACAACAGUGCUCUUCACGGCCCUCCAUUGACUGGCGAGAAAAUUAUAUCUUGCUGGAUGGAGGGUGACUUUCUUGAUGACGAUAGUGAUUCUGGACUUCUCGUUAAAAUUCGAGAUAUCAAGAACGCAACGGGAACGAGGUUUGGAGAUGUCGUUCUUGCUGCCUUAUCCGAUAAUCUUCAUCGUUAUUUUGAAAACCUCAACGAAGCAUCGCCGAAAACUGUAACCGUGGUGAUACCAACUAGAAUGUCGGCACCAAGCAAGCAACUCAGUCUAAGGAACCGAUUUUCAGUGGGAUUACUACCAUUAUGUAUUUCUAAAGCCAACGAAAGAGAAUUGACCCUUAGUAAUGAAGAAACCGAUGAUUCUAAGUAUGGGCGACUGCUGGAGAGACUCCGAGAUGUGUCUAAAUGUUCAGAAAACCUGAGGCAAGGUCCUGAUUAUCUUAUUAAUUACUGGGUGAUGACAUGGUUAUCAGCCGCCUUGCCGAAGAAAAUUCUAGAACCAUUCUUGAAGAGUCACAGCACUAUGGUCUUUAGUAAUCUUCCAGGGCCGAAUAAAAUUAAUAUUUUAGGGAAUAGUUUGGAGAAGGUUGCAUUCUGGAUUCCCCACAGAGGGACAACCGGUAUUGGCGUGUCCUUUCUGACGUAUGGAGGCAGAGCCCAUCUAUCUAUCAUCGUGGAUAAAGGAAUUAUAAGCGAUGAUAAAAUUUUAGACUCGAUAAUCAGGGGUACAGUUGAUGAUAUUCAAAAACUUCAUGAAUAUAUCACUACGAAGCUGACGCACCUACGGAAACAGGGUUUAGUGUGCAGUAACCAAUAAAAAUUCCUGAUUAUCUCGAACUGAGAGAAGCAAUCUCCAGAACGAAAACCUCCUGGUGGCCAGGUCGGCCGCAAUUUUUAUUUUUGUAUUAUAACAUUUUUUCCAUGAUAAGUAACUAGAUUUAUCUUCAUUGAAUUUUUAUAAUUCAUUAAUCGAUGCUGAAAGUGGUACUAUCCAGAAAAAUCCGAAACUUAAAUGUUUGGGAAAACUUCAACUGGAUUUGCGUUGUCCGAGUUUAGUUUGCACUUUUAAUUAUUUCUUAUCAUUUUUGUAUGACUAUAAAUAACUGUACAGAUUCAUUUUUAUCUCAUUUUUAUAGUUUAUUAACCAAUAAUGUGGUUGUUGUACAAAAACAAAUAGAAAGUCACAACGAAAACCAUACCCCUUGUGAAGUCGCUCGGGUCAUUCUUCACAACUUAAAUUAAUUUUAAUUAUCUAAGAAUUGGUCUAUUCCGGAGAAGAAUACGGAAAACAAAUUUUGAUAUUUUCUCGUAAGCCAGGAACAUCAGAGCUGCUGUUAAUACAGUCUGCAGUAAUUUGGCUUCCAUUCCUUUGUACAGCCCUGUCAAUCCUUGUGUCCUAUUGAAAGACAAAUUUUUUU